AUGGGCUACGGCACGUUGGUUAAGAAACAGUUUACUGUUCCGAAGCUGUCCUUCUACUUCAUAUUUUGGGCAAUCCACUUCUUCCUGUUUGGAUUUGGAUGGUAUAAGCAAGCGUCCGAUCCGCGACUCGCGGGUCUCAACUCGCUGCAGUUUUCCGUCUGGAUUUCGCGAGGUGCCGGUCUGGUGUUGAGUUUCGAUGGCUUGUUUAUUUUGCUGCCAGUGUGUCGGACACUGGUGAGAUGGCUCCGACCGAAGCUUAGGUUCCUGCCCUUGGACGAGAACCUCUGGUUCCAUCGACAGGUCGCAUACGCGAUGCUGUUUUUCACCAUCUGCCAUGUCACUGCUCACUACGUCAACUUCUUCAACGUCGAGCGAACGCAAAUCCGACCCGUUCUCGCACUGCAGAUUCACUAUGCCCAACCUGGUGGUAUCACUGGCCACAUCAUGCUCCUCUGCAUGCUUCUCAUGUACACCACUGCGCACCACAGAAUUCGCCAGCAGUCGUUCGAGACUUUCUGGUAUACUCACCACCUGUUUAUCCCUUUCCUGAUCGGACUCUACACUCACGCAGUCGGCUGUUUCGUGCGUGACUCGGCCAAUGGAUUCUCGCCAUUUGCCGGCGAUAUCUUCUGGACCCACUGCAUUGGUUACCAGGGUUGGAGAUGGGAGCUCUUUGGCGGUGGAAUAUAUUUGACGGAGCGACUUUACCGUGAGAUCCGGGCCCGCCGUUCAACCAAGAUCACCCGUGUCGUCCGCCACCCUUACGACGUCGUCGAGAUUCAAUUCUCAAAGCCUUCAUUCAAGUACAAGGCCGGCCAGUGGCUGUUCCUCCAACUGCCUUCCGUUUCCAAGUACCAGUGGCACCCCUUCACCAUCACCUCGUGCCCUUACGACCCCUACGUCUCAGUCCACGUCCGCCAGGUCGGUGACUUCACCCGGGCGCUCGGUGAUGCGGUCGGUGCCGGAGGCGCUCAGGCCAAGCUGUAUGAGGGUGUCGACCCAAUGGGUAUGUACGAAGUGGCGCUGCAGAACGGGCAGCAGAUGCCAGCGCUCCGAAUCGACGGACCCUACGGCGCUCCCGCGGAGGACGUGUUCGAGAACGAGAUCGCAGUGCUGGUUGGCACGGGUAUUGGUGUGACGCCGUGGGCCGCCAUCCUCAAGAACAUCUGGCACUUGCGCAACAGCCCGAACCCGCCGACCCGUCUCCGCCGUGUCGAGUUCCUUUGGAUCUGCAAGGACACAAACUCGUUCGAAUGGUUCCAGACGCUCCUGUCAUCACUUGAGCAGCAGAGUACCGAGGCCGCGCGCAUCCCAGGUAGCUCGGGCGUCGAGUUCCUCAAGAUCCACACCUACCUGACGCAGAAGCUGGACCAGGACACCAUGAACAAUAUCGUGCUGAACUCGGUCGGCGCCGAGGUCGACCCUCUCACCGAGCUCAAGUCCCGCACCAACUUUGGCCGACCCGACUUUGCUAGGCUCUUCACGGGAAUGAGGGACGGUAUUCUGGACCGGACGUACCUGAACGGUCUGGAGGGCAGCAUGAGGACGACUGUUGGUGUUUACUUCUGUGGUCCCUCGGCAGCAGCUCGCGACAUCAAGAAAGCAUGCAAAGCCGCUACUGUUAGGGAGGUUGAUUUCCGUUUCUGGAAGGAGCACUUCUAA